CGCACCCACACCCACAAGGCCUCGCGCUCUCAGCCCCGCUCCCACUCAAUGGCGACUCCGGCGGUUCAGAAAGGCCCAGGCCCCGGCCGAGGCGGGCCCAGUCCCCGGCUCGGGGAGCCCGCCCCGCUGCUGUUCCUCACCGCCAUCCUGCUGCAACUAGCGCCUUCAGCCGCCUUCUACCUUCCGGGACUAGCGCCUGUCAGCUUCUGUCAGAAAGGGGAGGAGACCGAGACGUGUAAGUCAAACAUUGAAGUAUUUGUAAACAGAUUGGACUCUGUGGAAUCUGUCUUACCAUAUGAAUAUGAUGUGUUUGACUUCUGUCAGAAUGAAACUGAGAAAAGACCUUCUGAAAAUUUGGGGCAGGUGCUAUUUGGAGAGAGGAUAGAGUCAUCUCCAUACAAGUUCACAUUUAACAAACCUGAAGCAUGUAAACCUGUUUGUAUGAAACCCUACAAUCCACAAGAUAGGCAGAGUGCAGACAAGCUGUCUUUCAUAAAGAAAGGAAUUCUCCUGAAUUACCAACACCAUUGGAUUAUUGAUAACAUGCCUGUCACAUGGUGUUAUGAUGUAGAAGAUGGCCAAAAAUUUUGUAAUCCUGGAUUUCCAAUUGGAUGCUUUGUUACUCAGGAUGGCCGUCCAAAAGAUGCUUGUGUCAUUAAUUCUGAGUUCAACAAGAAGAACACAUACUAUGUCUUCAAUCAUGUGGACAUCGUCAUUACAUACCACAGUGGAAAGAACAAAGAAUGGGAAGGUGCAAGGCUGGUUGCUGCAAAACUAGUUCCCAAGAGUUACAACCAUGCAGACUUAACGCACCUUAAUUGUGAGGGACCACCAAUGGAGAUUCCUGCUGAAGACAAGGAGAAGAAAAUUAAUAUUGUGUACACCUAUUCAGUUACAUUUAAUGAGGAUGAGAAAAUAAAGUGGGCCUCGAGAUGGGAUUAUAUUUUGGAAUCCAUGCCCCACACAAAUAUUCAGUGGUUUAGUAUUAUGAAUUCCCUUGUGAUUGUCCUGUUCUUAUCUGGGAUGGUGGCAAUGAUUAUGCUUCGGACCCUUCACAAGGAUAUUGCGCGAUACAAUCAGAUUGACUCUGCGGAAGAUGCUCAGGAAGAAUUUGGUUGGAAGCUGGUGCAUGGCGAUGUUUUUCGGCCUCCGAGGAAGGGAAUGCUUUUAUCUGUUUUCCUUGGUCAAGGAACACAAAUCUUCAUCAUGAUGUUUAUCACUCUUUUCCUUGCCUGUCUUGGGUUUCUUUCACCUGCUAACCGAGGAGCAUUGAUGACAUGUGCUGUUGUUCUGUGGGUCUUGCUUGGAACACCUGCAGGAUAUGUUUCUGCCAGAAUGUAUAAGACAUUUGGUGGUGAGAAAUGGAAGACCAAUGUUCUCCUGACUUCAUUCCUGUGCCCUGGAAUUGUCUUCAUUGAUUUCUUUAUCACAAAUCUCAUCCUUUGGGUAGAAGGAUCAUCUGCUGCAAUUCCCUUUGGAACACUUGUGGCAAUUUUGGCGAUGUGGUUUGGAAUUUCAGUGCCACUAACUUUUGUUGGUGCUUAUUUUGGAUUUAAGAAAAGGCCUAUUGAUCAUCCUGUCCGCACAAAUCAGAUUCCACGUCAAAUCCCAGAGCAGUCAUUCUUUACAAAACCUUUACCAGGCAUUGUUAUGGGUGGCAUCCUUCCAUUUGGCUGCAUUUUCAUACAGCUGUUUUUUAUUUUGAACAGCAUCUGGUCCCAUCAGAUGUAUUAUAUGUUUGGCUUCCUGUUCUUGGUGUUCAUCAUUCUGCUCAUAACAUGCUCAGAAGCCACCAUCCUACUCUGUUACUUUCACCUUUGUGCAGAGGAUUACCACUGGUGGUGGCGAUCGUUCCUGACGAGUGGCUUUACAGCUGUUUACUUCUUUGUCUAUGCUGUUCAUUACUUCUUCUCGAAGCUUCAGAUCUCUGGUGCAGCAAGUACAAUACUAUACUUCGGAUAUACUCUUAUCAUGGUCUUGAUUUUUUUCCUGUUCACAGGAACUAUUGGAUUUUUUGCCUGUUUUUGGUUCGUCAACAAGAUCUACAGUGUGGUGAAGGUGGAUUAAUAAUGGGCUCCUUGUGGAGCAGACUGAUGUGUAUUUUCUUUUUCCUUGCAUUUAAAAUAUUUAUCACAUAGCUUCAAUUCCACAAAAUUUUCUAGAGAGCAUUAUUCACUUUUAAUUACAAGUCUAGGGUAAUAGCAACAAUAAAAAUAGUUUAGUUCACAGUCACUGUCAAUUUGCAAUCAUGUACUUAUGGCUAGAGUAACAGGUCAGGAGCAGCUUGGCUGGUGAUUGGAAAUUCAGAAGCCUUUAAUUGAAUGCAUCGGCUUUGACCUUUUAUCAUUUUGGUUUUUAGUGCAUGUUUGGGCUUGUUCUCUGUCCUUGUGUCAUUCAUGGACUGGCCUCACCCAGCAGGAAGGCAUGGUGGAUAUCCAAAUGCAGAUUUUAAAUGGGGCAUCACAAGAUGCAACACCCAUAUUUUUGUCCUGCACUACUUGCAGUUGAGGAAUCCUAUUGGUAGCACAAGGUCCAGGAAUGACCCCUGCUGUGUUUAUUCCAAAGAUGUCUGUCACUGUGCUCUGGUGUUUCUCAGUUCCAAAGUUUGCGCUCGAGUAGGUAAUUGAAUAAUUUUACUGAAAUUAAUUUUGAAGUUCUGCAUUUUAAAAGCAUUGCAAUAAUAUCAGUUAAUUGUACAUAGACCUGUUGUCUUUUCCUUUCAAUGUAAAUACAAAUGGAUUUACAUUAAUAUUUCCCCUUAUUUAAAAUUUGAUUUGACCUUGUUGCCAUUUUCCCAACAGCAAAAAGUUUGAUCUUUUAUCUGUAUUUUCAUGUACUGUUAUUUUGUAAAUAGUCCCAAGAUCUGUUAAUUUGAACAAGGGGUCGUUUGACAGUACGUUAAAUAGCAAAGGUUGGUGGCUUUGUUAUCUAUCCGCAGUGCCUGAUUAUGUCUUGAAAAUAUACCAAUUUUUGUUCAAUAAACCUGAGAUGAAUCACC